AUGAACGAUGACGAAGAUGAAUUCACCAUAAGAUCGACGUCAGACUACAAACAAAGAUUUAAUUUUGUAUCAAAAUACUUAGUUAGUUUUAUAAGUUUCAUAUUUUCAACUAUUUUUUGUACCGUUUUAUGUUCUGGAGCAAUUAUUCAUGAUUGGAUAGGAAAAAUUACCGGAAGUGGGAGACUCAAAAAGCCAGAUAUUGAAACAAGGAGUAAUGGUUAUAUACCGAGACCCGCUUACGAUAGCAUAAAGGACUUAAAAACUACUAGUGAUUUACAGUAUUACUUGAAACAAUUGAAUUUAGAUUUGGAAGAAUAUGAUGUUACUACUCCAGAUGGAUUCAUUCUAAUAUUACACCACAUAAUUGAUCCAAAAGAAACUAAAGAGCAAAGAGAUGAAAGGAAACCUGUAUAUUUUCAACAUGGGUUAUUAUCCUGUUCUGCAACGUUUAUAGUUAGUGGACGAAAUUCAUUAGCUUAUUUUAUGUUCGAGCAAGGAUAUGAUGUGUGGUUAGGCAAUAAUAGAUCAUGGUUUAGAGCUAAGCAUGCAACUAUAAAGGGAGACUUGUAUAAUAAUGAACAAUAUUGGGACUGGAGUAUAAAGCAUUUAGCUUAUUAUGAUUUGCCUUCGUUUAUAGAGACUGUUCUAAGUAUGAAACCAAAACAUGAUAAAUUAAUAUUAUUGGGUCAUCUGCAAGGCGGGUUACAAAGUUUCUUAAUGUUGAGAAAUCCAAAUCUAGAUUUUAUACAUGAAAAAAUUGAGAUAUUUGUCCCAAUAGCACCAGCAAUAUAUCCUGGUAAAUUAUUCUAUUCAAGAUGGUUCAUCUCGAUUGUUAGUUCCUUACCUCGAUUUGCAUGGACUAUUAUGUUUGGAUAUCUGGCUAUUUUGAGAAACUUAUGUUUAUUAAGAUAUUUUUUAUGUGAAUAUUGGAUCUUUGGAAAACUAUCUUACGUUAUGUUUAACUAUUUAUUUGCUUGGAAUGGAUCAAAUUGGGGUUCUAAUAAAAAGAUAUGGCAUAUUUUAUUUAUUUUCAACAUGAGUUAUGUUUCAGUUGAUUUAUUUCAAUACUAUCUUGGAAAGUUUAAUAAAUACGGGUUUAUGCUGACACUACUAUCUAAAGAAGUAUAUUUCAAUGAUAAUGAAGUCGAUUAUUUUAUAGACUCAGAAAAGAAAAAUCUAGAAGCUAUAACUGAGGAAAGAUUAGAUGGAGAGGCCAAAUCAGAUGAAUCCCUACUGAAGCUGUAUUUCCCAUAUAAUAGAACCUGGUUUACCGACAAUCUUGAAAGAGUACCAAUACUAUUAAUUCUAGGUGAUAACGAUUACUUAGUUGACGGCAAAAGAUUAUUAUCUCAUUUUGUACAUUAUGAACCAUAUUACAAUUCAAAUUUAAAUUUCAAUCAUGUCAUCAUUCCAACUUAUAAUCAUUUGGAUGUAAUUUGGGCUGAGGAUGUGAUUGGUACUGUGGGAUAUGAAUUAUUAAGAUUUAUUGAUCGAAAUAAAAAUGAAAACACCAUCGCCACUGAAUCAUGA